CGGCCCGAUUGGUUUAAUUGUGUUAUUGGUGUCUCCUGUCAAUCCUAUACUGGAGCUCGUCUGGAGCUGCAUUCGAAAAAAAAACAUAGACACGUGACAACCGGACGAUUAACUCUCCCCGAAAGAGUAACCCAAGAUGGCUCAGAAAGCCGCCAAAUCCCUCGCUGCCCGAAACGCCUCUACCCUAACCCGAACCCACCUCAUCGCCCUCGCCCUCCACACCAUCUACCUCGUCCUCCAUUUCACCUUCAACCGCCCACGCUCCCUGAAACCCUACUUCCUCCUCGCAGGCCCGACACUCGUCAUCGAAUUCUACUUAGAACGCCUUGGUCGACCGCGCUACACCGACGAUGGUAACAUGCGUACUCCCGGGGAGGAUCUGGGCGCCACGGGCCUGACGGAGUACAUGUGGGAUGUUGUCUACUGGACCUGGGGGUGUAUGGCUUCCGUGUGUUUAUUUAAUGACCGCGCGUGGUGGUUGUGGAUUGUCGUGCCUUUGUAUUCGGUGUGGUUGGCGUAUACUACGUUCACGGGGAUGAAGAGCGGGUUUGCUGGGAUGGGUGGUGGUGGAUCGGAGGAACCGGCAGUAGCCGGUGGGGAGAGUAAGAGGCAGAAGAAGUUGGAGAAGAGGGGUGGACAGAAAAUGCAGUAUCGGUGA